CUUUCCUCCCCGCAAAUCACCCACUGCCACGAUCGUUCCUGCCAUCUAUUUGCGCAUUUCUCUUGACGAAUCUCCCUUCACUGUCUCUUUUUUCGUCCACUUGUCCUCUCCAUCGCGCAAAUCUCAAGAUCCAAGACUUCUUUCUGCCCAUCACUUGUUUCCAACCCCUGCGAAGCCAUGCCACUGUCUCAAGUCAGACACUCCUCCUGGCUCGCCGCCCUCGUUCAUCGCUUUCCCAUGGCUGGCUGCCGAGUACCAUCUUAGACGCUCUCUCCGUUGCAAAACGACCGCCUACAAUCCUCUAAGCCCACCAUCCUCAUCCACGUCGUUGCGCUACCCGACCAGCGCCUCCUCCGAGUCUCACCUCAUGUCUCGCUGGUUUUGAGACCAUGGAUCCCGGAACAGACACGUUGUCUGGACACUACAUUGAACAAUGGUGCCUCCUCACCAGUACUUUCCCCCAUGCCCAGGCAAGAUCUCUCCCUCCGCCCUCGACAUAUCUGCGAAGUGACCAUUCCAAUCUCUCUCCUCUCCCUACCGCGCUUCAUUUCCAACAUUUCAACGCUUCUCGGUCCAGCUUGUCGAGACGUGCCCAAACCUCCUCCAUUGGUGGUCGCAGCUCAACAACAAUCCCUUCUCAACCCGUUCUUCAUCGCCUUCAUUCUCGCGAUGUUUCCUUCCCUCCUCCAGCCUCCCGCCCUCUGGAAAUGGACCCAAAGACCGGUCUCCCCAACCUCGACGAGUUUUCCUUUGCCUCAAUUCUUUCAGCAAUCGAAGAGGACAUUGCACCCAGCGUCGACGCCGUUGCCGAGAUCUUGGGUAGAAGCCGACUGGUCCUGGCUGAUCAACAUGAGAGCCAUCUGCCACCUCAAGGAGAAAUCAGAGGCCCUCCCCACGGCCUGCGGUCAGUUGCUGAGGCAUCCUCGAGUGAUGAGCACUUGGUCUCCGCCGAUGACGUUUUGAUUGCUAGAGAGGAUGCUAGUAUCUUGGACCCAAGCGUGCUUGGUUCUGCUGUCUAUGGAUACUUGGACCGUCUCCAAGUAUUACCUCAUUCGAGGCAACAUCAUGUUGUCGAACAUGGUCGAUCACUGAGUGGCUCAGCGAACCCCCGGGGUCCAACUGGCGUCAAUGAUGAUGUCCAUUAUUCUAGCGUUUCUCAUUCCAGCCUACAAAGCGGCAGCCAUCAACCUCGUAUGCUAUUGCCACUGCCCUUGGUCGACCAGGAGCAGCGCCCUUGCAGAGCCACAAGCGCAAUGGUCUCUGAAACGUUUCUUUCCCCAAGUGCCAAUGCACACAUCUCACCCGAGCCAACCCUAGAUAAUAUCGACGGCCGCGACGAACUACGCUACCCCUACGCAUAUAGCGGCAUGUCGAGCCCUCAUCAAAGGACCUUUCGGGAAAGGAUUACUUCCCUGGUCCCCACAUCACUGAUUCCCAAUAUGUCUUCGGCGACUCGUGGACGGCCGAAACGUCCAGUCAGUGCAGAAUCACAGCUGAGAGAAAUCCUCGACCGUCAUCCCCGGCCCGGCCGCGCCAGAGAUGACUUGUCGAGAAUCGAAGAAACAUCCGACAUGUACGGAUAAGCUGGCCACUCGAGUAAGGAGUGUGGCAGAGAUGUCGUACCAUGUGUUAGAUUGGAUACAGUCUCGAACCCAAAUUGAUCGUGGAUGCCACAGUGAGAGAAAGAGAGAGCCGUUGCAAAGUGCGACUGUAUCGAGUCUCAUGUGAUGCUCUACCGAGAUCGCUCUGACAUGCCUGCUCCCAGUAUUAUGUCCAACACAGGCAUGUCUCUCUACGAAGUAAAAAGAAAAAAGGAAAGGUUAAAAAAACGUGUAGAAAAGGGUGUUUUAUCCGCACUGCUUCGGCAGUCUCAUGGUGGACGGCCCUAUCUGGGUGUCCGUCAUCUUGUGAUGAUAUUCUUGAUACCUGUUUGAUGCAAGAAAAG